ACAGCUCUUCUGAUCAAUGGCAUUCCCAUUCCUGCCGAAGCUAGCUGAAGCCCAUGCUUUUGCUCAGGAUCCAGGAAAUACAGCUUCAAAAUAUUAUCUUCGAAACAGAUUGCAAAUCGAUUUAUUGUUGACAACUUCACUUCUGCUAAACACAGUCCACACGACCUUCUAUGUAAUUUUAUGUCCCCGCAUCUGUGGUUUUGACCAGUUGCAGGGUACUUCGUCUGAUGUUCAGCUCAGUUUCGAUCUUCAAGACACGGGACUGCUUGAAAGCCUACUCUUUUUGCAGAUGCUGUGGGGGGCUAGCCCUUUUGUUAGUUUAGAUUAAAACCAAUACUUUAAAAUAAGUGUUAUCUUAGAUUUUUACAUAAAUAUAAAAAAUUAAUAAUUUUUUUUUA